GAGCAGCCAUGGCGACGUCUCCUAUUCUUCUCCAUGGGAAGAUUUCACUUCCGUUCCGGGGCGAAGGAAGGAAACGAGCCCGGAAGUUUAGCCCCAGACAAAAAGAAAUACAUACAGAGCUCAGCGCAGCUGUCCAGAUUGCUGUCGUUUAUUCCUGAGCUGCUGGAGUUAUUGGCGAAGAUGAAGAUGGAGGAAGACGCUGCGACAGGAGGCGCCCCAGAGGAAGCAGGAAGAGACCAGGACCAGGACGCUGUAGACUGCAAACCCAAGAUGGAGGACAGAACGCAGCCCCCAGAAGCUAUGAGAUCCCCUCAGAAAGCAGCUCCGCAGCUGGUGAAAGAGGAGCCGGAAGAGGGCUUCUCCCACCAGUGGGAAUCCCAGUGGCAGGACUUCCUGAGGACGGUGGAGCCCCCUUGCCAGGGCCCAGAAGCCCAGCCUGAGGAGCCCACGCCAUGGGGCGACACAAAGGCCUUCCUGGCCUCUUUUGAGCAAGUGGCCGCCGCCUGCCGCUGGCCCCGGGAGGAGUGGGUGGCGCGGCUCUUGCCGGCCCUCCGAGGAGAAGCCGAGUUGGCCUUUGGCUUGCUGGAGGGCAGCGACCAGGAGGACUACGGGAAGGUGAAGGCGGCCCUCUUGCGCAGAGAUGCCCUCGGCCGGGAGAGGAGGCGGCAGCACUUCCGGCGCUUCGGCUAUGGGGAGGCCAAGGGGCCCCGGGCCGUUCAUGGGAGACUCCAGGAGCUGUGCCACCAAUGGCUGGCCGUCGAGAGGCACUCCAAGGAGCAGAUCCUGGAGCUCCUGAUCCUAGAGCAGUUCCUGACCGUCCUGCCGCCCGAGAUCCAGGGCUGGGUGAGGGAACGGGGCCCUGAGACCUGCUCCCAGGCAGUGGCCCUGGCCGAAGACUUUUUGCUCAGGCAACAAGAGGCUGAGAGAGACGGAAGCCAGGUGGCCUUGGAGGUGGUGGCUGUGAAUUUCUCCGAGGUAGAAACUGCUCCUGCUGGUGGGGAGCAGGAGGGGCCCCUGUGCGCUGAAACAAUGCAGGAGGAGGAGGACCAGGAAGCCAGCAAGUUGGGCAAAGAAUGGAUGGCCGCACACCAGAGGGAGGCGUUCACAGCGGAAGAUUCGGGCCAAGCAGGGGUGUCCCUGUGGAAAGCGGAAGAGGUGGUUGCCCAGUGCCGCUUCCAGGAAAAUGCCGCCGCCAGUCAGGAGAGGCCUGAGGGCCAGCUGAGGACCUACUCCGGAGGGGAAGGAGACGGAUCUGUACCUUGUGUGGGAGAUUACACAGCCCUCAUUGUGACCACCGUCCAGGCAGGAGUGGACACAGGGAAGAAGCGGAAUGCCUGCCGAGCUUACGGGAAAAGCUUCAGCCCGGGUUCCGGCAUGCUCAAGAGCCGCCGAGCGGGAGCCAAAGCCCACAAAUGCCAGGUCUGUGGGAAGUUCUUCCUUUCCGGCUCCAAGCUCAUCAUCCACCAGAGGACCCACACGGGGGAGAAGCCCUACGAAUGCUCGUCUUGUGGGAAGACGUUCAGGUCCAGCUCGGUCCUGUACCGUCACCAGAGGAUCCACACGGGAGAGAAGCCUCACAAGUGCCCCGUCUGCGGGAGGAGGUUCGGCAGCAACUCCAACCUCAAUCGGCACCAGAGGAUCCACACCGGGGAGAAGCCGUACGAGUGCGCAGAAUGCGGGAAGAGCUUCAUCCAGAGGGCCAACUUGAAUAAGCACCACAAAAUCCACCAGGGGGACGGGAAAAGCCGGGAGAGUUUCAGCACAAGCUGAAAGCGCAAAGUGGGUGUGACAUGUGUGCACACAGGAGGAAACCGCUUAAGAGACCGGAUCGUGCAGCGACACUUUUCAGAGGAAUAUUUCAGAAAGGGACACAGAAAUUCCUGUGUUGCAGCGGGUUGGGCUGGAUGACCCUAAGGGUCCCUUCCUACAAUUCUGCUUCCACGAACUCCAGAAAUCCCAGAGGACUUUUUGGAACUGUUCUGGGUGCAUUGAUGAGGUGUAAGGUACCGUGGGGGUGAGGGGGGCACUACUGUGAGUGCGCUGGCUGCUCCCCAUCAUUCGCUCACAGAUGCUGAGCGCUUGGGAACGACCCUGGCAAGAGUGCUGUCGCCUUUUGCAUGAAGACAUCUGCAUCCGGUUGCAAAGGCUCCCUAUGAAGUGAGGCCUUGUUCUCAGUGCAAGGCAAGAUUGUGGGCUGUAUUGUAUGUUAUGUGAAAAAAGGGAGGAGACAAAUGUAAACACUAAAUAAUUUCAGUUGCAUUCCUUAUUCUUCAAAAACUCCCCUUGCUUUUUCUUCUUUUUUUAAUACUGCCUUUCCUUCAAAAUCUCAGCCGAGGCAGCUUAUAGUUUAAACAUGUCCCUUUCAUGUUGAGCUAAGGAGAAUGACACCAAUAACAUGAAGAGAGCAACAGGCAAAGCCAGCGGUCAGUGCAAUUGCAGUGGAGCAAAUUCAAUGUUUUCAUCAGUUAGGCAGAGAAAGGGCCUUAGCUCAGUGAGAAAGCACGUACUCAGCAUGUAGAAGGAGCCAAGUUCAGUCCCCAAUGGCAUCUCCAGGGAGGGCUGGAGAAGACCCUCUCUGAAAUCAAGGGGGGAGAUGAUACUGAACUAGUAUCUGACUCUACCAGGCAGCUUUCCGGAUGAGAAGUUGAGCGUUCUGUUGACAGGGAUCUCCUAAGGUUGCUUGGAGAGGCAGAAGGUUGUGCAUUUAUUUAUUUUUUAAAGUUUGGGUUGUGUCCAACCGAUUCUCAGAGAAUCCAUCUCAUUGAAAUUAAUGAACUUAUGUAGGUCCAUUAAUUUCUAUGGGAUGUAUUCAGCAUAACGCUAAAGCGAUCGCUCACUCCAAUGCUGUAGAAGCAUUUCUGUUUGCCUGAUGGAAUGAUCUCUCCUCCCCAACACCCCUCCCAGCCAGUUUUUGGAGUGGGGGCAGGAGGAAAGUCCCAUUGCACUCUCUGAUGGGAAUGGACUUCCCAGGGGGCACCUGGGGGGCCAGAGCUCAAGAGGGUGAUGGAUUAGAUCUAGAAUCUUAAGUCACUAGGUGGACUGUGGGUUGCCUCCUACAAAGCAGCUGAUUCUUCUCCAGAAGGGGCAUUUUCAUCAGUCCAGCACAAACUGAGUGAUCCCAUCUCUGGAGCAAAGGCACCAACAAAUCCCAGGUAAAUGAACCAGGAAUGGAACCACUGACCAUUUUAUUUUAAUGGGAAUUAGCUGAAAUGACUGGUUUACGUAUUUGUUUCCUCCAAAGAAGGACUUCAGAUUCCCCAAACUUGACCAGCUCUCAUGCCUGGAAGAAGUUGCAAUUGUCUGUGGCCUGGACGAUGGAGAGAAAUGUUCAGCAGGUGGUGAAGGGAAGACCAGAAAUGAGGGGAAACCGGAUAGCAUCCCAUCAGAAAGAGGCAAGCCCUAGGAAAUAAAGGGAAUUUUUGCUUCCAAGACGGAAUAAUGAAGCAAGGGGCAAACUAGAUCAGAAAGAGGAUACCACAAGUGGGGAUAAUGAAUGUUGUGCACUUGUUGUGCUCAGGUGCUGCUUGCAGGUUUCCCACUGAGGAAUCUCAUUGCGAGAACAGGAUGCUGAACUAGAUGGGGCCCCUGGUCAGAUCCAGCAGGGCUUCCGUUUUUUUAAAUAUUGAUUUGGGUUUAGAUGAAUUUAGGGAUGAACUUUUUUAUCAGUAGUUAAGGUUGUGUUUCCAAGCUUUUUUACUUGUAAACUUGAAGCGUUUGAUGCUGUUUUAAAGAUGAGCGUCCUAUUACCUAGUAACAUCUGUAUAUAACUAUGUAAUUACCACUGUAUUUACUCUUACUGAUUAGGUUGUGUGUGUUUUCCUCUUCUAUAUUCCCAGCUAUAAACUAGAAUAAACACACCUUCAUUCUAAAUUACAGAGAGAACAAUUUCUUUAAAGUGAGAUCUAUAGCAGUGUUCAUCUACAAACUGAACACAUCAUUGAGCAUUUAUAUUUGGACCAUCUCACUUGCUCCUGCUCAUUCCAACUUACAAGUGGGUUUCCAAAAGCAGUCUACUUUUCUGAGCCAUUCUAUACAAGAUCGUUUUUUGAACAUUAGAUGCCAGGAACAUAACCAGGAAUAUUCCACUUGCAGAGAAUGUUUUCUACAAAUCCAUUUUGUUUAAUGGGAGCCAUGUGAUACUCUAUGGCUAAGCCAUGUAGCUUUGGAACAUUGUCAAAAGAGUAAAGUCCUGCUGCCAAAGCAGGGGCCUGCUCUGCUUAAGCAGUUGUAAGAUACAACCCAUAUGGCAUACAAAACAAGUAAUGAGGUGUGUGGGUUUGGUCAUAACAAUAAAAAGAACUUUAUACA